AUGUUAAUUAGUGUUUGUAUUUCACAAGAACAAGAAGGAAACCAAUAUUUAUUUUCAGAAGAAAUAUCUUCAAAUGUUUAUAUAACAGAAAACUCUCCUAAUACUGGAAAUUUGAUUGAUACAAUAAAUAUAGAAAAAGAUGAAAUUCUUGAUUUAGAAAACAUACCUAGUCAUUUUCCUAUAGAAGAAAAAAAUUCAGAUUCUGAUAAUAAAGAUGAUUUUUUUAAUAUGAGUUUAGUUGACACAAUAAAUUUAGAGAAAAGUAAAUCAUAUGAUAUAAAAAAUGUUUUAGAUGAAGUACAAUGCUCAUUAAUGGAUUCUCUAAUAGAUCCUUUUUAUCCAUCUUUUAAAAGUGAAAAAUUACCUAUUCAUAUCGAAACAGAGCCCUCCAGUUUAAUGGAAACAAAAGAUACAGAACAUAAAUAUUCUGUUGAAUUAGAAAAUAAAUUAGGUGAAACUCCAAGUACAUUACCAGAUUCACAAACACAACCUUCCAAUUUACCUCUUGAACAUGAAAAUUCCAUCAUUUAUAUUGAAACAGAUCCACCUAGCAUAAGUUUAAUGGGCACAAAAUAUACAGAACAUAAAUAUUAUGUUGAAUUGCAAGAUACAUUAGGUGAAAUUCCAAGUACAUUACCAGAUUCUCAAACACAAUCUUUCAAUUUACUUUUUGAGCAUGAUUAUGCAAUAAAUGUUACUCAUGGAAAAUCAUUUAGUGUAAACAAUUUAAUGAAUACAGAAAAUGUAGAACAGGAAGACCCUGUUGAAUUACAAAAUAUUUUAGAUGAAAUUCUAAAUACAUUACCAGAUUCAUUAACGGAACCAAUCGAUUUACUCUCUGAACAUGAAAACUCAACUAUUCAUGCUGAAGCAGGGCCUUCUAACAUAAGUUUAAUGGGCACAGAAAAUGAAAAACAUAAUGAUUCAUAUAAUCCACAGUAUAUUUUCAAUUAUUCAUUAGUAACUCCCAAUUAUUUGAAAGAGGAAUUCCUUAAUUUACUCUUAGAAGACCAAUGCCCAUCUAUUAAUUAUGAGGAUAUAUUCCCCACUACUAGCAAUUUAAUGAUCCCAGAAAAUGUAGAAGAUGAAGAAUAUAUUAAAUUACAAAUUAUUCCUGUUGAUUUUCCUAUAGAAAAACCUGCUACAACUAUUAACUAUAACGAAGAUAUGAGCCUAUUAGAUGAAAUUGAACAAAUAUCA